AUGGCACCACAUGCAACCUCGCCCCCACCAGUGGAGCACAGCAUACCGGUCCAGCCCAUUCAAGUUGUUGCUUCUUCACGAGCAGUAGUUGAUGGUCGAUUGACUGAAGCUACCAUUGUGAUAUCGCAGAAUACUGGCAAAAUUACAUCCAUCUUCCACUCUGUUCUGCCGCAAUCAGAUUUCCCCGAAGGCACACCAUACACCGACUACUCACCCCACAUUCUCCUUCCUGGUUUAGUAGAUGCUCACGUACAUCUCAAUGAGCCCGGACGGACAGAAUGGGAGGGUUUCUGGACUGGCACCCGUGCCGCUGCCUUUGGUGGUGUGACCACAGUUGUCGACAUGCCGCUCAAUGCCAUCCCGCCGACCACUACUGUUGAGAAUCUUAAUAUCAAGGUUGAAGCGUCACAGGGCAAGUGCUGGGUAGAUGUUGGCUUCUACGGUGGCAUCAUUCCAGGCAACGACAAGGACCUCAAGGGGCUGGUCGAUGCAGGUGUACGUGGCUUCAAGGGCUUCUUGUGCGAGAGCGGUGUGGAAGAGUUUCCGGCUGUUUCCUCCAUCGACAUUGAGAAAGCUCUCCUUGAGCUGAAGGACUCAGCCACUACACUGAUGUUCCACGCCGAAAUGAUUCCACCAGUUGCAGACUCUGUUGGUGACGACGUCCAACGCGCGAACCCUCCUCUUGCUCCCAAGGGCCCUCUCACCGCGUAUUCCACCUUCCUCGCAUCUCGCCCACCAGCCUUCGAGACGUACGCCGUCGCCGAGAUCCUCUCUCUUGCACACCUCGCACCUGAGCUACAACUUCACAUUGUGCACUUGUCGGCCAUGGAAGCCAUUCCUAUGCUGCGUGAAGCGCGCGCAAAGGGCGUCAAGAUCACGGCUGAGACGUGCUUCCACUAUCUCGCUCUCGCGGCCGAGCGUAUUGAGGAAGGCGACACACGACACAAGUGCUGCCCACCGAUCCGCUCGCAGUCGAACCAGGACGCGCUCUGGACAGAGCUCCUCCAGGACCAAGCGGACGGCGUCAUCCAGACUGUGGUGUCUGAUCACUCACCCUGCACACCAGAGAUCAAGCUCCUUCCACCUCACCUCGCACCCAGAAAACACACCACACAGACACUCAACCACAGCGAGGACUGCGAAUCGAGCGACGAUGGGCCCGAGACGCCAAUGCAGGGACCAGAAGAGAAAGGUGACUUUUUCGGUGCGUGGGGUGGCAUCUCGAGUGUCGGCCUUGGCCUGCCAAUCCUGUGGACAGAGGGUCUGAAGAGAAAUGCGGAGUUCAGCGUGGAGGAGAUCGUGAGAUGGUGCUGUAAGAACACUGCCAAGCAGGUCGGUCUUGAGAAGUCCAAGGGCGAUCUUGGUGUCGGAUUCGACGCUGACAUCGUUGUCUUCGACGAGACUGCCGAGUUCCUGGUGGAACCAAGUACCAUGCUCUUCCGUAACAAGGUCUCGCCGUACGAGAACAAGAUGCUCAAGGGCGUCGUGAAGGAGACUUUCCUUCGUGGCCAGAGGAUCUUCUCGAGGGAAGAGGGCUUCCAGAAGACCGGGCCCAGUGGAAAGACGUUGCUUGAGCCAAGGAAUGCUAGGGUGUAG